GUAAAUAGAUAGGGGGCGUGACUAAGCCAUGAAAUUGCACUGCAACAAAAAGUUUGAUAAUGAGAAGAGAACUUUGAUGUGUGGACAGUUGUGUUUUUCCGAGGGUUUACUGUGAAUUAGGUGUGAUUUUCUAGUACAAUAGAAAGGAGAGCAGACGAUUCAUUAGGAGAAAGAGGGAAAGAAAGAGAGGCACUAUCGUAUUUUUUAAAGUUGCGGGUAAAGAUAUUUUGACAGCUAAAUGAUGUGAGAGGUUAUGAAUUGUUUUAGUGCUACCAUGUGUUUAAAAUAUUUUGAUAACAUCAGUGUCAAAGAAAACGAAUCUACAUUGACAACAUCAAAAUGAAAAUCCCCAUAAAUCGCUCAGUGUCUAAACGGAAGUGUAGCAUCAGAGCUGAAGAGAUAUGAUUUAAAUCUUUGCGCCUGGAAUUUCAACAAAUCGUAAAAAUGCGGAUGUAUUCUGUUUUCCUAUGUGUCUCCAUCAUCGCAUCAUGUAUCGUCGGGGAAGAUAUCAAUGUCGUCUACAGCAUCGACGAGGAAACUCCGAAUGGAACGUAUAUCGGGAACGUCGCAAUGGACUCUAAUCUUAGAUCUCAGAUGACCAAAAGUGACUUUGAAACACUGACGUUCAGUCUUCUGUCGGGGGAAAGCUAUGUUUCCAUGUUUACAAUUGAUGAGACUUCAGGAAACCUUUACACUGCUAGAGUUGUCGACCGUGAAAAGUUGUGUCCCUUUACCGCCGUGUGCAAGAUAUCUUUCGAGGCCUCUGCAAAAUCCACCAUAAGAAGCUUUUUCACAAAAAUCAAGCUCGUCAUCUAUAUCCAGGAUAUUAAUGACCAUUCUCCGGUGUUUCCGAGAAGUUCCAUGAGUCUAGAGAUUCCCGAGUCCACACUCAUAGGUAACUCGUUCACAAUCGACGGUGCGAAAGAUGCAGACACUAGCCCUAAUUAUACACUGAACUCUUACACGUUAGAACAAUCCGACUCCCCGUUCUCCCUUAGCUUUGUCCAGAACCUCGACGGUACAUCCGUUGUGAAGUUAGUGGUUGAUAAAGAACUUGAUAGGGAAGUUCAGGACUCCUAUAACCUCGUCGUCAUUGCUGCCGACGGCGGGAAUCCCCCAAGGUCAGAGAGGUUACUCGUGAAUGUCCGGAUAACAGACGUCAAUGACAACGCUCCGAUGCUCAGCAGCACGAUCUACAAUGUGUCGGUGAAAGAGGAUGAGCCGGUGGGAUCUAUCAUACUGACCUUGAAGGCAACCGACCUUGACAGCGGCAAAAAUGCAGAAAUAAGGUACCGAUUAAGCAAUCACCAAUCUGAAAAUAUUAAACAACUAUUUGAAAUAGACGAAAUCACUGGCCAGUUAAGAAUUGCAAAGCCUCUACCUUAUAACGACGGGAACCCGUAUCGGGUCAUUGUGGAGGCAAGUGACCUUGGUGACCAACCCUUGACCGUACAAGCUUCGGUCAAGGUCUUGGUCGAAGAUUCUGCUAAUAACCCUCCAGAGAUUCACGUCACACUUCUGCCGACGUCAGAUAUUGCUCGUAUUUCUGAGGAUGCGUCCGUCGGCGCUGUUAUUGCGCAUGUCGUCGUCAUUGAUCGGGAUUCCGGUAUGAAUGGUUACGUCACUUGCAUGCUUGACUAUCCGUAUUUCAAAAUCGAUAGACUGGAAGUUAAUGAGUACAAAGUUACUGUUGCUCAACCAUUAGACAGGGAACAGUUGCCCAAUCAUACCAUUACAAUCGUCUGCAGAGAUGCCGGGACUCCGUCCUUGACCUCAACUCACACCUUCACGGCAAUUAUCUUAGAUUCAAACGACAAUGCGCCAAAAUUCAGCUCCAACAUCUAUCAAGGAAGUAUUCCGGAAAAUAAUCGCAAAGGAACACAGGUCAUACAAGUACAAGCAACCGAUGUAGAUCAAGGACAGAACGGCGAAGUCCAGUACCAGCUACUGCAAAAUAACGUUACUCAGCAGUAUGAACUUGCAAUAGACUCUAGUACUGGCAAAGUGACUACCGGUAUUACAUUUGACCGUGAAACCACGCCCACAUUUGUGUUCAAGGUCAUCGCCUCGGACAAAGGUCCCACACCUCUGUCGUCAACGGCUACUGUUAUGGUCAAGGUCAUUGAUGAAAAUGACGUCGCUCCAGCUUUUCUAGAAAAAGUGUUUCUAUUUAAAGUAUCGGAACAGAAGGCAGCAGGUACUGUAGUGGGGAGACUAAUUGCCAGGGACUUUGAUGAGGGGGUCAACGGAGAGUUUGAAUUCUACGCCGAGAGUGGGACUCAGCCCUUCGAGGUCGCUAAGGAUGGCGUGGUCAAGACCACCAUGUCUCUGGACAGGGAGAAGCAGGAGGUGUACGACUUUACAGUGUUCGUCACGGACAAGGGUCAGCCACCUAAAUCCAGCUCAGCUCGAGUCAAAAUUACCAUCGACGACGAAAACGAUAACAGUCCUAAAUUUGUUUUCCCAUCAAGUACAAACAAUACAGUUUUGGUGUCCCAAAACACAAAACCAGGGGCGAUUAUUGCUCGCAUACGGGCUGUGGACCCCGAUAAGGAGCAAAAUGGUGAAAUAACAUACAGCAUCGAGGGUGCGAACUUUUCUGAAGUGUUUUAUUCCAACAAUCACACGGGUGAUAUUAUCGCUAAGAAAGGACUGGAGGAGUAUUCCGGUCAAACUUUCAGCUUGGUGGCUGUUGCAAGGGAUCUUGGGUCAGCGUUUCAGGCGACUCGCGUGGAGUUCUUUGUCCGAGUGGCUGGAGCUGAUUAUCUGGACUCCACCAGUCAAACAAACAUUACCAUAGUGAUUGUGUUAGUGACCGUGACCUUGGCCCUCUCUGGCUUCAUCAUCUUGACAAUCUGCAUCAUCCGAUGGUUAGACCAUAACCGUAAAAACCAAAAGGACAUAGUCAAAGUAGAAAAGACAUUUUCCUCGCCAAGUGACACCACCGAGGAAGUUAGUAAGUUAUCUAUUGCAAAUAGAUACAUCGAAGGGGCAGAUGACCCGAGUAGGAAAAUAUCAAACAUUUCUAGAUAUGUUGAUCAUUCGGAGAUCGAGAAACGGCCGAGGAAUCAAGUGACCUUCGCCCCGUAUACCAAGGACGAGGAAACCAACUUCAGUGUCCCCAACCCAGUAUAUGGGGAGCCCCACCCCAGCUUCCCUAGCCACCAGAUUGACGAUAACCAGAGUAAUUGCUCUAUGAACUCCACCAACAGUGACAGUGGGCGGGGCCUAAGUGAUGACGAAACACGUGACGGAGUGGGCAGAGGGAUGCUGUACCACAGCAGGAAAGGAAAGGUUAGAAACAAUAUACCCUAUCAGUUGAAUAUUCCUCAUCAAGAAAGGUCGACCAACUUUUUUCCGGAUAACACCUCCCCGGUAUCUCCCAUAAAUCUUACGAGGACCGAAAGUUCGUUUGGGAACAGUUUUAGAUUUCACAAUCGCCCCAGCACGAGUUAUGACAUUCACCAUACGUUUAGUUUUAGUGACAAGCCUCGGCUUCAAGAACAGGACAGUGACGGAACUUCCGGAAUUCACACCAUGGAGGAAAUUCCCUCACCAUUCUUCUCGGGUAACGUCGUAUAGGGCGUUCCCAACAAACAAAAGCAUCUCUGUGAUAUUUCUAUAUUUGACUGAAUGUUUGAACUUAGAUAUAGUGUAUGACUAGCGUUCUCUCGUCCCUUUGGAUCAUGCACUGAUGCGCUUGCUGUUUCUGGGCCAGUCAAAGACCCGCCACAUAUAAAAAUUCAACUUUUAGCAAAAUGAUUAGAAGUUUCCUCUUGAGAGAACUCUUCUGUUCACGUGGAUGCGGGACAUAUUUGCAUGCAAAUGACCCGGAAGGAAAGACUGCCUCCCACUCCGAACCCGACUCCUUAUUAGCAGUUCCCGGAAUCUGCCAAUUAGACCCGCGGGCUGUCAUUACCAAUAGGAGAGCAGAUUUUAUGUCGUCGCUGGUCGCCGUUACAGCAGUACCAUCAUGUUAAUAAUCGUCUGCUUCUGGGCGCUCUCAGGAAUCCGCAAAAGUGUCAAUUUUAGUUCAAUGUGUAGCGUGACGUUUAAGGUUCAACAAUUCUGAACCUUAGAGAAAUCAGGUCUAAUUUAUGUCACUAUGAUGGUCGUGAAUUAUUAUAAUCUUGUCGCAUUGUCUGUGAUAUCAAUAAAAAACAUUAAA